UUGAGUGGUCGAAAAGACUAGAAAGGCGCUAUACAAGUACGGAGCAUUUACAUUUACAUGUGCAGUGGGUGUCAAGCAGGAACAUUAUGGCAGCAGGUGGCCUGUUAUCAUAGAUCCAGACUCUGCAGCUCCGGAGCCAGAAACACCUGCAGAAAGUGACAGAGAGGGAGUGAGGAGAGAGACGAGAAAGCACAAAACUCCUGGAGAGGUAAGAAGUGAAGUUAGUAACAUGCAUUGAUGGUUAAAGAAUGCAUACAGAUGGAGAGGGAGAGGGGGAAAGAGGAGCUCAUCAUGGGAAGUCCCUGCAGUCUAGGCCUAUAGCAGCAUAAGGGAUGGUUCCAGCGCCUAACCAAUUUGUUACGGGACAAAAAGAGUCUUCACACAGCCCAAUACAUUUCACUACAGGUGGUGAAGAAUGUGGGGAGUCUAAGUGGGUUAUUACAAGAAUGACCCAGUUUCUCUGCACGGAACUGGACUUGUUCUUGUUGGUGAAAGCUGUAUCACUGUUUCCACGCUCACUAACUAAAACCCCUAAAUCCUCUUUUUUUCCCACCUCAUUGAUUUACAAAGAAGUUUUCUGCCUCCGUUGUCUCAGAAAGAGUGAAACUGAGAGCCACAAGGCGAUUGUUUCUUUUGACCCUGAACAAAGAGCUUUCUGUUUGAAUGAUUGCUCCCAAACUCAAGUUUUUGCCAAACAUCCAUUUGCAGUUUUGGCUUUAAGCUCCUCUCCUACUGGGGUCUAGGGUCUGGAGAGAUAAACACCACAGCUGUGGACUCCUUUUUGCUAAGAUUAAACCGACUUGGAUUACAUCGGCUUGGAAGGCUAAAUCAUGGAGGAAAUGAGUGAAAGAAGCAGAAUUCUUACUUCAUAAAACAUCUGCAAGUCAAUGGCUCUCCUGGUCUUUGAAAAGAUUUUUGAUCUUUGUGUUCGACUAGACGGGACAAGAUUUAGGCUAGGUUGAGAUCAGGGUUGCUACAGCUCUCCUUGCUCAUUUUGUUUAGAGAAGAAAAAGCACUUUAAAUUGUGCCUCUGGCAAGGUCUGUGGUUGCCAUUAACAGCUGCACUGUAACCAAAGGAGUUCAUUAAUUAGAAAAACUGCAUCAAGUUAUCCAGGGACGGAUUAACUUUAGUGGGAGACAGAAUAAGUAGGGCCAGUGGACUAAUGAGGGAUAUAAACAAUGUGAUAUCCUGGAAUGGCGUGUAAAUAACAUGCCACUUUUAAGGACAUUUCAACACGCCAUGUCAACGCAUUUUAAGCUUUUCGCUUGUCAUUUCUCACUGUUAAGUCCCUAUGAGCAACACAAAGGAGUUUAACCAGUCAACAUGCAUAUAUAAAUGUGAUGGUUAAGGUUAGCAGUUAAGUACAUUGAAGGGGAUGUCAAUGCUAGCAUAAUUAGCUAGCGAGCUACUUAAUCUUUAACGCAGCUAACACUAUGUAGCUAACAUUAGCAACAAUGUAACAUCAUAACGUAAUGUAACGUAACCAAAAAACCAAAACCAAAAACUAAUGUUGUGUAAUUAUUGAUUCACUUGGGAACCGAAAGCCGGUCUCCUGUGUCAUGGACCAACUUACCAUCCACUACGUUACUGUUGGACUUUCAUAGCUAUUUAUAUCCCACACACGCUCAUUUUAACUGUGACACUAGGUGUAAAAUGGCACGCCGUUUCUGCACAAUACAAGUCAAUGCUGUCUAAACAGCGUGAAAUGACACGCAAAAGCAAAAAAUGUGUUGGAAUACUACGCGACAUGACGAAAUGCGACUAUAUUCUUAGACCUUUUGUUGAUACCAGGCUGAUAUAAAUUAUAUUUUGUGCACAGACAAAUGUGUAACAUAUUUCUAGGACUGAUUGGGUUUUAUUUUUCUUUUGCUUAGUUUCUUUUGCGCACCGAUACAUUCAUACAUUUUGCUUAUUGUAUCUAAGAUAUGAAAUAUUGGCUUUAUUUUUUAACUACUCAACUUCACCUUAGUUAAUCUCUGUUAAUAAUAGCAUAUUGAACUUUCAAAAAAUUAUUAAUUAUUACAGUUUUUCACUGUUGUUAAGACACAUUUCUUGAAACCUUCACCCAUAUUCUCAAAACUUUAAACACAAAACCCAGUCUUUAAACAACAUUCACAAAACCUUCUGGCAAAAUCAAACACUUGCCUCAAAACCAUUUGAUCUGUGCUCAAAAUCAAACAAUGCUUUCAAAACUUAAACACAGCCAGUCAAUAUGUAAAACACUACAGAGCAUUCUUUAGACACUACAUCAAAAAAUUGAGAACACAGCAUCCAGGACAUGUAGUUACAGAAAAAUAGUUUUUGCAUAGAGGAAACACAUUUUCCAAUUUACAGUUUUUCUCAAAUGCUAAAACACAAAAGCCAAUCCUCUAAACCAAAUGACCAGUUGUCUAAACACAUUUACUAAAUCUAGCCAUCAUUUUCCAAUAUCAUAAACACAUUUCACAUGAAGACACAAUUCACAAAAGACAAUCCUCCGUUCACAUAAAUCUUAACACAUUUUUCCUUGCUAAAACACAAGUUGCAAAAGAACUCUGCUCAUAUUCUCAAAUGAAAGCUCAUGUGAUGCAAAAUGCUUGCCACAGUCAGCAAUAUUUGAACAAAAUGAACACACCUGGCGUCAUUCAUUACACACAACGACUCAAAAUUGAAAACACCUGUUGCUAAUGCUGUGACCACAUGCAUAAAAGCAAGUUCAGAGUGCACAGUUUGCUGAAGAUUCCAAACAAACACAAUGGAUGAAGGCAGAGUCAGGGGAAGAGGUAAUCGAGUCAGAGGAGGGAGAAGAGCUGGCCAAGGAGGAAGAGGAGCAGGCCAAGGAGGAAGAGGAGCAGGCCAAGGAGGAAGAGGAGCAGGCCAAGGAGGAAGAGGAGCAGGCCAGGGAGGAAGAGGAGCAGGCCAGGGAGGAAGAGGAGCAGGCCAAGGAGGAAGAGGAGCAGGCCAAGAAGGGAGAGGAGAAGGUCCAGGAGGGAGAGCAAGACAACCUCGCACCAUCAUUACGGACGAGAUGCGAGCAACAGUCAUUGACCAUGUCAUUGUCCAUGGCAUGACAGUGGCUGAAGCAGGACUAAGAGUCCGUCCAAACCUGAGUAGGUUCACCGUGGCCACCAUUAUCAGGGCAUUCAGACAACACAACAGAGUUGAAAGAAUGCCACAUAGAGGUGGGAGGGUUGCCAUAUUUACAGCGGCACAAGAAACCCUCAUUGUGGAUAUGGUUCGUGAGAACAACCUCAUCAGACUCCGGGAGAUCAGAGACAAAGUCAUUGGCGAUAAUGUGAACUUUGAGGGCGUUGAUGAUGUCAGCUUGGCCGCAAUAGACCGAGUUCUCCGGCGCCAAAAGAUGCGGAUGAAACAAGUCUAUAGGGUUCCCUUUGAGCGAAACUCUGCACGACACAAAGACCUACGUUACGAGUAUGUGAAAGGAUAUUACAGUUGGACGCGAUGGCCAGACCUCAUGAGUACCUCUUCCUGGAUGAGGCUGGCUUCAACCUGCAGAAACGAAGGCAAAGAGGCCGUAACAUCAUUGGCCAAAGAGCCAUCACUGAGGUUCCUGGCCAACGGGGGGGGUAAUAUUACUCUUUGUGCGGCCAUGGGUUUGGAGGGGCUUGUCCACCGGCAGGCUGUCCUUGGGUCUUACAACACCCAACGUCUCCCAACCUUCCUAGAGGAGCUAAAAGAUAUCCUCCUGGACCGUCAACAACACCAUCCUGGGCCCGAACAUCCCAUUUAUGUGAUCAUUUGGGACAAUGUACGCUUCCACAGAACAAACCAAAUCAGAGAGUGGUUCACCACCAACAGUAACCACUUUUUAAACGUCUGUCUGCCACCCUACUCCCCUUUCCUGAACCCUAUAGAGGAGUUCUUCUCAUCGUGGAGAUGGAAGGUUUAUGACAGACAACCAUACACUAGAGAGAACCUCCUAAGGGCAAUGGAGCUGGCGUGUGUUGACAUCCCAGUGGAGAACUUCCAAGGAUGGAUCCGCCAUUCCAGGGCGUUUUUCCCGCGGUGCCUGGCAAGAGACAAUAUAGCCUGCGAUGUGGAUGAGGUGAUGUGGCCCCGAUGCAGCUCAGCGACAUGAUGCCGCACAGUGAUUGUGGUGUAAAUAAAAAAAACUUCACACCCUGA